AAAAAGUAAAUGUAAAUUAGGUUAGAAGAGUAAGAAAAAAGGGGCAUUUAUCCAACAAAUUUCUCGAUUUCAACCCGGUGAAUCCAAACACACCAACACUGCUCGUAACGUCCCAUCUAUUAGCCCUAGCUCUGCUUGCCCCACCCCAAUCUCCCCGCCGGCGUUGCUUCUUCACACACAUCGUCUCUCUCCCUCUCAAUCUCUCUGUCUCUCUCUGAAAUGGAGCAUGGAUCUGAUAGCGAGGAUGAUAAGCCCUUAAUAUUUAAGAGGAGUAACACGUCAGUAAAGCAAAACCAGGCCAAGCCAGAUGUCAAAAAAUCAUCAGUGCAGAAGCCUGAUGGCAAGUCGGGGAGACCAAUAUCUGAUGUACGGUCUACCAAUGGUCAUGAUUCUAAUGUUCAAAAAGGUAAAACAGUUCCCUCCACCAAGGGAUCACCUGUUGUAUCGCCAUUGGCCAGCCCAAAAGCAUCGGUUUCAUCGUCCAAGGCAUCACAAGUGAAGCCGCCUGUGGGAAGUACAAAAGCAUCGACUUCUGGGGCUGACCAAUCCAGACAAAAUUCUCAGCAGAACAGAACUGCUAUUGUUAAAGCAGAGAGGCCAUCUGGAAUACCUAAGGAGGAACCAGACAGUGGCUCUGAGGAUUCAGAUGAUGAUAAACCAUUAAAUUCUAGACUCCCGGUUGGAGGAUCCAAGGGAAGCAUUUCUGAGGUGAACAGAAGGCCCAGCAGUUCUGGUCCUGCUGCGUUAGCAAAAGACCUAGGAAUAAAGGAGGAAGAUUCGGAGGAUGAUAUACCAUUAUCACAUAAAUUUAAACAGAAGUCAAAUGCCGGGGAAUCUAGCAAUGCAUAUGAUUCUGAUGAGGGCAAACCUUUUGCAUCAAAACCUCGGCAAAAUGGUACAAAUGUCAAAGAUAAUGUUAAAAAUCCCUCUACUGCAAUAAAUAAAAGACCCUCUGCUGAAGUCAAAUGUUCAGGCCAGUCUCCAGUGAAAAAGGCGAAGCAUACAGCUGCAUCUACACCAGUUAACGGUAAGAAAGUAACAGUCAAAGCAGAACCGAAAAAAGAAGCUGAUGACAGUGACGAUGAUAAUGCUACUAUCAGCCAGAGAGUCAAGAAGCCAGCCACCCCAAUCAGUAAAGCAUCCGAUAAAAAGAAAUCAGCAGUCUCUGUUUCUUCUUCACUUAAUAAAGUUAAUAAGAAUUCUAAAAAAAUCACUAAAAGCACUCAAUUUUCGAAGUCUUUGAAGGUCCCCCCUGGCUCUGGUGAAGGUCAGAAAUGGACAACCUUAGUUCAUAACGGUGUCAUUUUCCCUCCUCCGUACAAGCCGCACGGGGUUAAGAUGCUGUACAAAGGAAAGCCAGUUGACCUAACUCCUGAACAAGAGGAGGUUGCAACAAUGAUUGCUGUUAUGCAAGAUACUGAAUACAUGACAAAACCUGUGUUCAGAGAGAAUGUCAUGAAUGACUGGAAAAAAAUACUCGGAAGAAACCACAUAAUUAAGAAUCUGGAUGACUGUGAUUUCACCCCAAUCUAUGAGUGGCAUCAGACUGAAAAGGAGAAGAAGAAACAAAUGAGUGCAGAAGAGAAGAAAGCAGUGAAAGAAGAGAAGCUGAAACAAGAGGAAAAGUACAUGUGGGCGGUCGUUGAUGGUGUCAAGGAAAAGGUUGGGAAUUUUAGAGUUGAACCACCGGGGUUGUUUAGAGGCCGUGGAGAGCAUCCAAAGAUGGGAAAAUUGAAAAAGCGUAUAUCCCCAAGUGACAUUACUAUAAAUAUCGGAAAAGAUGCUCCAAUACCAGAAUGCCCAAUUCCUGGAGAGAGCUGGAAAGAAGUUAGGCAUGAUAAUACUGUUACUUGGUUAGCCUAUUGGAAUGAUCCAAUCAAUGGAAAAGAGUUUAAAUACGUGUUCCUAGCAGCUAGCAGUUCCUUAAAAGGACAAAGUGACAAGGAAAAAUAUGAGAAAGCAAGGAAGUUAAAGGGGUAUAUUGAGGGCAUUAGAACAGCUUACACUAAAGAUUUUUCUAGUAAAGAUGUUACAAAGCGACAAAUAGCAGUGGCAACUUAUCUGAUUGAUAAACUAGCUCUGAGGGCAGGAAAUGAGAAGGAUGAUGACGAGGCUGAUACUGUUGGUUGUUGUACAUUAAAAGUAGAAAAUGUUGAACCAAGCCCUCCAAAUAUUUUGAAGCUUGACUUUCUUGGUAAAGAUUCUAUUAGAUACCAGAACGAGGUCGAGGUUGAAAUCCCUGUGUUUAAGGCAAUUCAACAGUUCAGAAGUGGGAAAAAAGGUAGUGAUAAUCUUUUCGACAAGCUCGACACAUCUAAACUGAAUGCCCAUCUAAAGGAAUUGAUGCCCGGUCUUUCUGCAAAAGUCUUCCGUACAUAUAAUGCAUCCAUAACAUUAGAUGAGAUGUUAAACAAGGAAACAAAAGGCGGAGAUGUUUCUCAGAAGGUUGCUGUUUACCAGCAUGCCAAUAAAGAGGUAGCAAUUAUUUGCAAUCAUCAACGUAGUGUCUCAAAGUCCCAUAGUACACAAAUGAUGAGGUUGGAUGAGAAGAUAAACGAGCUAAAGAAUCUUAUUGAAGAGCUGAAAACUGAUUUAAGUAGGGCAAAGAAAGGGAAGCCACCACUAAAAGGUUCUGAUGGGAAGACAAAGAGGAACAUGAAUCCAGAAGCGAUAGAGAAGAAGAUCGCUCAAACCAAUGUAAAGAUUGAAAAAAUGGAGCGAGAUAAGGAAACCAAGGAGGAUUUGAAAACUGUGGCGUUGGGUACAUCAAAAAUAAAUUAUCUUGAUCCUAGGAUUACCGUAGCUUGGUGCAAGCGGUAUGAAGUUCCCAUUGAGAAGAUGUUCAACAAGUCUCUUCUGGCAAAGUUUGCUUGGGCAAUGGAUGUUGAGCCGAGCUUCAGAUUCUAACUCUGUGCCGACUCAGAACCCCAACCUUUCCUCUUUGACCCCGUUUCCCCCUUAUUUUCCAUUUUAGUUAUACAUUUUUUUUAAUACAUAUAUUUAACUGCGGAAACUUCGUGUUGUAUUGAGUAAUCUGAAUCAAUAUGGCGAGUUGCCUCCCUGUAUCCGUUUAUUUAGAUUGCUCAAUGUGUAAAAGCAGCUCUGAAGAAUUGUCUAAUAACAAAGUACUACUUGUAAUGACAUACAGGGCUAUUACCUAA